AUGUGCUUUGCCGGUGUUAAGGCCACAGGCCGGCAAUAUGAGAGACCCCCUGACACCGUUAUGGCUUCUAAGCCGGAUUGUCAGAACGGUGAUAUACAGCAUUUACAGGUUGUGAGUGAAGUUAAGAUCCCGUGCGUCGAGGAGCAUAAAAUGUGGCUUUCCGACAGGAUGAUAGCAUUCGACACCUACUCGGGAAGCCGAUUAGACCAGAAGAGACAACCGGAUUGA